GUACCGCCCGUGCGUACUACGCUACUACUCACUGCUCAGCACUCCCGUGUCGACUGAACAGUCAAGUCUCUGGCGCACUACUGGUCGGGCGUCAGUCGUCGUUCUGUUGCCGCUGCGCUCGCAUUACGUUUUCGACAUUUCAAAAAAAUAAUAUAUUGCCAUCCGUUCCGUAGCUGUUAACUGCAUUUAUACUUAGACGUUUUAAAAUCCCUCUGUGUUCAUACAGUUUUCUAUACAUCGAUAGCAAUAAUUACCGUUUCUGUUAAGCAAUACGUAUACAUAUUAUACAAGACUUUAAACGGAAGAUAUAUUUUACGUAUAAGUUUUCGUUCAGUGUAAAAAAAAAAAACAGUUGUCAAAAUGUUUAACGGGAUCACUAGUCAAAUGAGUAGCUGGAUUGGUAAAAAGCAAGAGGACGUAGAAGAAACCGUACCAUCACCAAAGACUGAACAGCCCGAGGAGUACAUUGAAAAAAAAGAAGAUUUAAGUCCAACAAAACCACCCAGUAAACUAGAGCUGUUGGGCAAUGUGAAAAAUCAAAUGUCCAGUUGGUUGGGAAGUGGUAUAUCCGGUUUGCGUAAAAGUGACAGCGAAGUUGUACCAGAUCCCCCCGCAGAACUUUUACAAGAAGCUGCCAAAGAGAGUUUUAAAGAGAAAGAAGACGAUAACUCCAGUGCUACUGGAGAUCCAGAUACCCCUAUUUCAGAAGGAGAGGAUGAUUUGAGCAAUACUCAAGGAGGAAAUGUAUCAACUAAAGCUUUACAAGGAGCAAAAUCGAUAGGAAGCUUCUUAUACAGUGCUGUGAAUAAAGCAGGAAAAACAGUCAGUGAAGCAGGAGCUAAAAUAAAGAAAACUGUCGGAGAAAACGGUAUACUUGGGGAAUUAAACAAAGAACAAGAGUCUUUUUUAAAGGAUAAAAAAGAUAGUGAGGUUGCUGCUGUUCCACCUUGGAUUGGUCACCCAAAUGAAGAAGCCGUUAAAGCUGAAUGUCUUGCUUUAUCUACAGAUAAGCGUAAUUUUGUACGCAGUCCUCCAGUAGGUGUAGAUUUCAGUUUCAAUUAUGAGACUUCAUAUCCUGUUGCUUUGGCUAUUUUAGCUGAAGACCCAAACUUAGAGAAAAUGCGGUUUGAUCUUGUUCCCAAAAUAAUAAAUGAAGAAAGUUUCUGGCAAAACUAUUUCUACAGAGUCAAUUUAAUUUGCAAUGCAAGCAAUUUGGAAUCACUAGAAACAACAGAUUACAAAACAGCAUCAUCAAAUGUCAAUUCUGAUUUGACAGACUCCACGAAAAAUGACACUUAUAUGAAAGAAUCAGAGUUUGUAUCCGACACAUUUGCAGAACAUGAUACAAAUGAAAUAAAUGAAAUAAGGAAGAGCUUGAAAGAAAGUUUGGGCGUUGAAUCUUCAGAAAAUGCUUGAAACGAUGUCAACAAAUUGCAACCACAAGACGACUUUCUUUAAGCGCUUCGCUUCCAAUCCCCCAAAAAGCGUAUUUUCUCUUCUAAACGCUUUUCCUAUAUCCUUAAUGUGCAAUAAUAAUUUAUACCCAUAAGAUCUAUAAGUACUUUUCCUAUCCUUGUGUGUUUAUUAAAAAUUUACGGACCCGGUUUGUAGAAGAACAUUGGGAAAAUGAGUUGGAGGCAGAACUACAAGAGUACGAGAUUGUCAAAAACAAUGAUGAUGGCCAAACAGACAAUACAAAAACUGGAUUCGGUGAAAUAUAUGACCUCAAAUAAUUGUUUAUUACAUAGCUGUUAGGUCUCAAAAAUAUUGUUAAAUAUUGAUUUUUUAAGGCUGGUGUUCUAAUGUAGAAUCUAGACUAAUUAAGUAAUGAUUGACUGUUUAAAAUUUUAUUAUUUACAACAUUAAUUCUACUAUAUAUUAUACCAUACCUAACCAACAAUUUAUUACCAUUUAUGGUAAACUUAAUAAAAAUUACCUUCAUGUUGUUAAAU